GUGUUCCGGGUACAUUUUGGUCGUCCUCAUUCUGGUCUUUGACGAACCUUCCUCACCCGUCACCAUUGUCAGUCCACUCACUCUGAAUCUUUCCACAUCUCUAUAUUACCCCUCCUACACAUUGCUCCAAAUCCGCAUUUCACAUACACAAAAACACAUUUUUUCUGUGUGAGAGAGAAACCCCUCUCUUGUCUAUAGAUGUACCCUUGAGAUUCUCAUUCCAUUCCAUUCCAUUUUGGUAUAUUUUGAAUCUUCCUCACUGUCAAGUAUCAACCGGUUUUAAUCUUGUACUACUAGUUAACAGUUUACUUGAUCAAAGGUUGAAGAAAAGGUUGCUUAUCUGUUAAUACAAAUGGGAUUGUCUUUUUCAUGGCCAUUAGCAGAUAUGAAUGAUCUAGACGAUCACAUCGAAUCCAUAAUGUCAAAAUCAUUAAGUUUCAAAGAAAACAAUGUGAGGACAUUGUUAAGGUCUUUAAGCUUUGACGAUCAUCAUUCUUCUAAGCUUGCAAAAGUGAGAUCUUUUAAAUCCAGUAUGAUGAUUCGCGGGUCUUUAAGCUUUAACGGGAGACGUGAACCCGAGCCACCAUUGGCUAAGCCGUUGCCGGAACCUAAAAUAAAGAGGGUUGGAUCUCUGGUGUCUGAGCCGAAAACACAAGGACCUGAGUCACCGUCGGCUAAGCCACUCAUGAACCGUGAUCUGGCUGCGGUUAAGCUGCAGAAAACGUAUAAAAGUUUUAGAACCAGAAGACAGCUAGCUGAUUGUGCGGUUUUGGUUGAGCAAAGAUGGUGGAAGCUGUUAGAUUUUGCACAGCUGAAAUGCAGCUCGGUAUCGUUUUUUGAAGUUGAGAAACCAGAAACUGUUGUUUCACGUUGGUCAAGAGCAAGAACCCGAGCAGCUAAGGUGGGGAAAGGUUUGUCGAAAAACGAAAAGGCUCGUAAACUUGCUUUACAACAUUGGCUCGAGGCGAUCGAUCCUCGACAUCGCUACGGUCAUAAUCUUCAAUUUUAUUAUGCCAAAUGGCUUCAUUGCGAGAGUAGACAACCCUUUUUCUAUUGGCUCGACAUAGGGGAAGGGAAAGAGGUGAAUCUCGAAAGAUGCCCAAGAACAAAGCUUCUUCAGCAAUGCAUUAAGUAUCUUGGACCCACAGAAAGAGAGGCAUAUGAAGUUACAGUGGAAGACGGGAAAUUCAUGUACAAACUGAGUAAGACUGUCAUUGAUACAACUGGUGGACCUGAAGACACCAAGUGGAUAUUCGUGCUUAGCACAUCGAUGGUUUUAUAUAUCGGGACGAAACAAAAAGGCAAAUUUCAACAUUCAAGUUUUCUAGCCGGUGGAGCUACAAUAUCUGCCGGUCGAGUGGUGAUUAGAGAUGGUAUUUUGGAGGCUGUUUGGCCUCAUAGUGGACAUUACCUCCCGACGGAAGAAAACUUCGAUGCUUUCAUGUUGUUUCUUGAGCAACACAAUGUCGAUCUCAAUACUGUCAAGAAAAGUCCAGUUGAUGGGGAAGAACUUCCUUUUGAAGUGGCGGGAUUCGGGAUGCGAAAUAGUGUAUCGGAACCUGUUAUAUUUGGAGGCACAUUGGAAACAGACACCAAAAGCUUUCAGCGAAAGAACUCUAAAAAGGAUCGAAAAGUCAAAAGCCUGCAUUUGACAACAGAAUUAACGUCAAAGAUAACUACGCUUGAAAUCCCGAAAAAUGAAAAAAUCAUUUUGGCUUUCCAGCAUAAAGCUCUAGAAUCUGAGCCGAAACCCGAACAUGAACAUGCACACGAACACGAACCUGAAUAUGAUAGCGAUAGCACCACUGAUUACGAUACAGCAGAGGAGUUUUUAUCUGAUAUCGAACUUAUGGUUUCCAAAAGGAAUCUAUUCGAUUACGGUGAAGCGGAUGAAGCGUAUGAUGAAGAGGUCCCACAGGAGAAGAUUAUGAAGAGGAUAAACUCGCAUAAAGGAAAUGCAUCAUUUCAGUUGGCUAAGCAACUUAGUUGUCGGUGGACCACGGGAGCCGGGCCCCGUAUCGGGUGUGUUCGCGAUUACCCAUUGGAGCUACAAGCCCGUGCUAUGGAGGAAAUGUGUUUGUCACCAAGGAGCCCUUCUACGUCUCCUAAAAGAUUCGGUAUGCUUCAAGAAACAAGUAGCCCGGCGAAGAAAAAACUCGAAAAAAGCCCACUUUUUUCUGGAAAUUAGUGUUCAAAAAAGUGUGGGUUUUUAGCAAAGCUUGAACCUGCACUUAUUUUUCAGCAAAAGGGGGUAAAGAUUGAUGGAAUUCUUUUGUAAUAUUCUGUUUGUUAUGUCUACAUAGUGAAUAACAGUUGAUCUAAAAUUUUGAUGGAGUUUUCAAGUAAAUUUGGAACUCCACUUGUUUUGUUAGAGUAGGGGCAAGAUUGCAGGAUUUUUUUUGUUAUAUAUUCUGUUUGGUCUGUUAUAAAAUACAUGUUCAUGUACAUUCUUCUUGCCCAAAAGAAGCCCUUUGAAUGGUUAUAGUGUCACUAUUCUGUUUUGGUUUUUGAA